AGUCUUAUCUCUGUUUUUGUCGUUUUCAAGAAAGUCGCCACAAGAGAUCAUUCGAAGUAAAAAAAAAGCAAAACAGAUCUCUCCUGCCGUCUUUGGUUUCUUCCGGCGGAGAAAGAUGUCUCCGAUACCGGAAAGGGCAAAGCUUCACGUAGCUAUGGUGGUGUUUCAGACAGGAUACGCAGGGAAUCACGUGAUCGUGAGAUACGCUCUAAACUUAGGAGUAAGCAAGCUCGUCUUCCCACUUUACCGCACCAUCGUCGCUUUCUCUGUUCUUGCUCCCUCUGCUUACUUCCUUGAAAAAAAAGAAAGACCGGCAAUGAAGACCAGUUUUCUCCUUCAAUUCUUCCUUCUUGGACUUGUUGGAAUAACAUUAAACCAAGGAUUUUACAUCUUUGGAUUGGACAAUACCUCACCAACAUUCGCAUCAGCAACAGAAAAUGCUGUUCCCGGUUUCAUUCCUCAUGGCAGCGUUGCUCGGAAUAGAGAAGGUGGAAUGGAAGAGGAAAGAUGUCUGCGUUUAGUGAACCAACCUAUCAAAGCUGAAGAAGCAGAGGAACAAAACAAGAACUGGACGUUGGGAUGUCUAUGUUUGAUGGGUCACUGUUUAUGCUGGUCAAGUUGGAUUGUGUUGCAGUCACCAUUGCUUAAGAAGUACCCAGCUCGCUUCUCCUUCGUCUCCUACGCUUGCUUUUUCGCCGUGUUACAGUUCUUUGGAAUCUCUGCUUAUUUCGAGAGAGAUCAAGAGAGAUGGAAGAUAAUAUCAGGAGGCGAAUUAUACGCGUUACUAUACACGGGUUUAAUUGGUUCAGCAAUGGUGUUUGCAAUACAAAUAUAUGUAGUGGAGAGAGGAGGACCUCUGUUUGUAUCAGCGUAUUUGCCUCUUCAAACUUUAAUUGCUGCUAUUUUAGCCACUUUUGCUCUUGGUGAACACUUUUACCUUGGCGGAUUGAUUGGUGCAAUACUAAUCAUGAGUGGACUAUACUUGGCUGUUAUUAACUACGGAGCUUCAUGGUGUGGAGUUUGUAGCCAGAUUCUACCUGCAUUCCAAAAGCUCAGCAACAGUUUCUCGAAGCUCAAGUUUGUUUAUGCAGAUAUCGACGAGUGCCCUGAAACCACUCGCCACAUCCGUUACACACCCACGUUUCAGUUUUACAGAGACGGCGAAAAAGUCGAUGAGAUGUUUGGAGCUGGUGAAGAGAGACUCCAUGAUCGUCUUUGGCUUCACUCUUCUUAACUAUCUUCAUAAAAAUCAAAUAAUGAAAUCUGCAUUCCUUUUGUGUACACUUCAAAUCCUCUGAAUAAUUUUGAACUUUGGUAGAUUAAUGUUAUAAACUUAACAAGAGGAU